UUAUAUUGAAUAUUAAAAGAUGAAGCUAAAGUGUAGCUAUAUUCUUCCCCAUUAUUUCUCAGUUUUAUAUAUCAUUCUGCUUUUUUCAUUAAGCAUCAGCCAAGAAGUACAACCAGUUCCAGAAUUCUGUUCUGAGUCUCCUUCAACAUUCUCUACUUUCAGAAUAAAGAGUUCAGCUUCAGCAGCUCCUUUGUUCCCGACUGUGAAUACAUCUCUGUUUAUGAAGUACUUUGAAGGAUAUCAUCUUAGCAACAACGAGAUUUCAAGCUUCCAAGGCAACUUGACUUACUUCACAACUGUAUAUUUAGAGACCAACAUUACGGCACUGAUGGUGAAUCCAGAAAAUAACAAAACAGCAUACAUAGGCUUUGGCACUGAAGAAGUAAAGGAGUCAUCAGAUAAAGAGAGACAAAUCAAAUUUAAAUUCUUCUUUCAGUUCAAUUCGGAGAACCUGAAGAAGGGCUCUUGGGACUUUGAAUUUGGAAUCCAUGAUGACUCCAUGAUGUGAUAUUAUUGACUUGAUGAAAAGCAUGCCAAAAUGUCAAAUAUAACGAACCCAACAAAGUGUAAAGUAGAUAUCCAAUUCAAGACUUGGGGAGCAAGAAACAUCAUUAGCUCUCAAGUUGACCUUCUCCGUUGGGUAGAGGAUAAUUCAUACAGGAAAUUUUCAAACUCAAAAAAUUAUGGAGGUUACUUUAACCGUGCCCAGAAUGGAUAUCAAAUUUUCCACGUCCUUAUGUGGAUGAUACCUUUUGCCUCAUAUGUUGUCAAUGUGUUUCAUUUUGAUACAAAAGAUAUCGAUAUUAAUAAGAAUCCUAUUGCUAUCAUUGGAUAUAUUUGAACCUCAGCUAUAACUACUGCUUACAUAAUGUUUUCAUUCAUCCUGUUCUAUCUCUGUGAAUAUUUUUUAGAAAACAUAAUCACUGCACUCUUCUUGCCUUUCUUUAUUUUAAUGUUUCUGGCAACAGUAAGCUGAACUUGACUAAUAAUGUAUACUGCGCUGUUAGAUCACAAACUUGUAUGAGCUUAUUCUGGUUCGUAUCAUAUAUCAUAA